AUGGUGGAGCGGGGAGACGCGGCGCCGUUGCUGCGUUGGGCCGAGGGCCCCGCCGUCUCCCCGCCGCUGGCCCCGGACCCGCAGGCUGGAGGCCGGGGCUGGGGCGGCGGCGGGGGCAGCCGGGCGGCCGCGGAGCCGCCGAGGAGGCGGGAGCCCGAGGAGCUGGGUCCCUCCCAGGUGCUGCUGCAGCCCGGGCGCCUGGAGCUGGGCGACGUGGAGGAGGACCAGGUGGUGGCCGUGUUCGUGGUCACCUUCGACCCCCGCUCGGGAAACAUGGUGGAAUGGUGCUUACCUCAAGAUAUUGACCUUGAAGGCGUUGAGUUCAAGUCUAUGGCCAGUGGGUCCCAUAAAAUUCAGUCUGAUUUCAUCUAUUUCCGAAAGGGGCCCUUCUUUGGCCUGGCCUGCUUCGCCAACAUGCCUGUGGAAAGCGAGCUGGAGCGUGGCGCCCGGAUGAAAUCCGUGGGCAUCCUCUCUCCAUCCUACACCCUGCUGUACCGGUACAUGCACUUCCUGGAGAACCAAGUUCGACACCAGCUGGAGACACCGGGACAUUACUCUCAUCUGGCUGCAUUCUACGAGGACAAGAAGGGGGUGCUCCACGCCAGUCCGGGGAGAGGUGGCAGCCUGCCCCCUGUCUACUGGCUGCCUUCCAUCCACCGAUACAUGUACCCCGAGAUGAAGAUCACACACCCAGCUGGCUGCAUGUCUCAGUUUAUUAAGUUCUUUGGGGAGCAGAUCCUCAUCCUUUGGAAAUUUGCCUUACUUCGAAAGCGCAUUUUGAUAUUUUCUCCCCCUCCAGUGGGCGUCGUAUGCUAUAGAGUGUACUGCUGCUGCUGCCUGGCCAACGUCUCCCUGCCGGGCAUCGGGGGCACCGUUCCCGAGUCCAAGCCUUUCUUCUAUGUGAACGUGGCCGACAUCCAGAGCCUGGAGGUGGAGGUGUCCUACGUGGCCUGCACCACCGAGAAGAUUUUUGAGGAGAAGCGGGAGCUGUACGACGUCUACGUGGACAACCAGAACGUGAAGACGCACCACGACCACCUGCAGCCGCUGCUGAAGAUCAACAGUGCCGACCGGGAGAAGUACCGGCGGCUCAACGAGCAGAGGCAGAUGCUGUUGUAUUCCCAGGAGGUAGAAGAAGAUUAUAACCCUUGUGAAGAGGACCUCUUUGUGCUGUUUUUCCUAGAGCAAAACAAUCGGAUAUUUCAGACUUUGCUGGAGGUGUCCGCCAGUCAAGACAAAACUCUGACAGCUGAGCAUGCCCGGGGCAUGGGUCUAGACCCCCAAGGAGACCGGAGCUUUCUUAUGGACCUGCUGGAGGCCUACGGCAUCGAUGUCAUGUUGGUCAUUGACAACCCCUGUUGCCCAUAGGAAAGAUGAGUUCACCCAGGCCCCAGAUGGCCUGAUUUUUAAUUAAGUUGACACAAAGGAAUACUGUUUAUACUUCCAACAAAUGUAACUUUUGCAUCUCCUUCCCUCCCUUCCUCCCAAGAGGUAAGAUGAGAGCACCUUGGUUUUGUAGGUCGUUGGAAGCUACCACCUUCAGAGCUGCCGCUGGUGUGGUCUUAGGAGUUAUCAAAGCAGAUGCUCUCAUUGCCUUGUUGAGGGACUUGAGAUGGGGCGAAGACCGCAUAUCACCAGGAGCGGGCCGAGCUCUGGAAAUGUGGGGCUGGGCUGCUGAGAAAGUCUGUCUGGUCUUUGUCGCUUGACAUAUCAAGAAUAAGACAACUCUCCAGUGUGGCGUUGGAUGUCCACCUGCCCGAAGCAGAAGCUAGACCAGGUGGCUUUUCAAGGUUAUUUUAAUCAGUUCUGGAAGUCUAGUCUUGGGAUCAAAUCCCUUUUCCUGUUUAUUAGAGUAAAUCUGUGUUUUCUCUGUUCACGUAGGUAAGAGACUCUAAAGAGGGACAAAGGAUAUUUCUGUCACCAAGUAUGAGCUUCUCUAAGGACAGAUGACAGGGAGAGGUUGCUUCUCAGUCACCUGAGAACUAAAAUUGUAGAAUGAAGCCUUGAAACCUUUCCCUGAGUGAGUUAAUGGCGGCCACUCCACGUAAUAGUCCUUUUUCUCUGAAUCCCCUCCUCUUGGGACGGGCUGGCAGAUCCCUUCGGGCCGAUGUUAACAAGAGUGUGUGCCAGUUUGGAGCCCUCGUAAACAAACUUCUCUUUAGCAGAGACGACAUUUGUCGAGCUAAGUAAUUGGGACCAGAGAUGUACAGGUUUGUUAGAGAGCAAACGUGGCAGUCCCUCCACCCAGGAAAGUAGCUGGGAACCCUGAGUGUGAGCGAUGAGCUCCUCUGCUUUGCUCUGGAGCGCUCUGACCUGGAACAGCUCCUGUCGCCCUGCCUGCUCUCUUUGGCUGGGGCGUUCAGUGGAUGCCAGCUUAGGUGAGACAGCCACAGUUUGUUAGCCAGAGAAGCUAGCUCCUGGAGUAGCGUUUAGGCCUUUUGGGUCUGUUUAGGAUUUUGACUUGGGAUCCUGGGUUGUUGGUGACAAAUAAUGUCUUGCCCCUCACCAUUCCUGCCUGGCUCUGUUAUUGGAAAAACCAUCAGUAUAUCCAUGUCUGGGACCAAGUUCCAGCCAGGCAAAUGUACACAGCAGAGAGAAAAAACUUCCAAAUAGAUGGAUCACAUGUCUUAUCUCAAGACUAGCUUUAUAGGGCUUAUUGCUUUAUUUAAAAAUAUUUUCACUGUAGCUCCUUGACAUGGAAUUCAAGACUAAAGAAAUUCACAUGUGGAAAUGCAAACAGACAUUGAUUAAUCAAGGUAGCAUCUUUUAUGUAAGUAUAUAAAUAAGUUUGGGCAUUGAAUUGUAAACUGUACAUUUUUCUCCUCUGUGGGUUUAGCCUUCAUUUCAGUAAUACAUAUGUUUACAAAAGAAAAAAAGAAUCUGUGUUUAGAAGUUGAAGCUUCACUGUCUUUUUCCUGGAAGAGUGACUGUCUCCUCUUGCCCCUGGAGAAGAAGCGGCCUUUCUAACUUGGGUCAAGUUAUGGUUACUUUUAUACUUUUAGUGGUAUCCGAAGGUUCGAGGCUUUCUAAGUUGGGGGUGGGUGGUCAGAAGUAGGGGUGGGCGUAAAAGGGAAGGUCAGAUUCUCGUGGAGGACACAGGCAGACCCUCUUUCUGUGCAACUGGGGAAUUUGUUGGGAGAAUACUCUUUUUAAGCACUUCUGCUCCAGAGGCCUUCUGCGUGUGAACGCUUUUGUUUUUGUGGUAUUGUAAUUCCAAGCUCAGACGUGCUGAUGUAAAGGUAGUAGGAUGAAGAUGAGAUUCCUGUAAUUCCCUUUAAAUGGUGGGCCCAGGCUUCUGUGCUCCUUUUAGCUCCCUGCCGUCCUAGGCAGCUGUCCAUCUGGCAUCUCUGUGUGUCCCCCCGAUGCUCACGCAGAGGUCUGGGCUGGGGGUGGUCCUGGGAGGGGUGCACCCAUGAGGCAGUGCCACUCUGAGGUCAUACGCACCCUGGGCUCGGCUGACCUUGAAGAGGAAACCCAAGAAUUGGUUCUUCCCUGUAUUGCCAGCUUCCUGGCAGGGGGGGGCGGGGGUGCCAGGAGUCUGGUGCAGCACCCUCUGCUGGGCUGGCCAGCGCGCUGUUGCCCUGUAGUUACCCUCGUCACUGCCUGUCGUCCCCCAAAGAUGCAGAUGUGGAGCCUCUUGCUUCCGAGGUCAGAGGUCACCGUUUGAAGGCUCCCGCCUCCUCCCUGAUCUCUCAGGUGAGCAGCACCCACAGCGUCACUUGCUGCCAGGUCUUGGAAAGGGGACUUCGUUGGUGAGGUACCAGGCAAGACUCCCUGCACAGGGACGGCAGAAGCUACAAGCCACACAGACCUGCUUUUGUGUCACUGUGGAAGUAUUUUCUGAGAAACCAUCUGCUUUUGUUUGGAAGCUUUGGAGAAUGUCCCUCUUCCCUGUCCUCCAUAGGGACAGGGCUUACUGUUAUUACUGUGACCUUCUGGAGCAGGUUGGGAACCUUGGGUACGUUGACUGAUGGUGGCCUUCUGUCCCUCUAGACUCUUGGACCACCUCCCUCCCUCCCCACCGCCCACCGCGCCAGCUGGCUUGGUCCUGCUGGGGAACUUUAAGCCUGAUCUACUGCCAAGCUGUGAGCCACGUCCUAACUUGGAAACACUGCUGACCUGAGACACGGGGGCUGCCAGGUCAUCCCUGAGUCAAGUUAGAAGAAAUUCUCGGUGGCGAGAGUCCUUGUGGGACCUAGAAUCCAGGCUCGGGGUUUGUUGAUGUCUGUAAGAUACGACAGAGUUCUGGUAAAAUGGAUUUUUCACUUGUGCAGGCUGGGCCGAUGGUACCAUUCAGCCUUUGGGACAAUGUCCAGUUGUCCUCUGGAUUAGGACUCUUCAGGAGUCAGAAAUGGUAGGACUUACCUUUCACCAGACCAAAAAGUAUGGGCCAAAUAAUAGUUUAGAAUUAGCUUUGGCUUUUGCUAAGCAUGAAGCACUCCUUAGGCCUGGUGUGGAUCCCUUCUAAUGUAAGUGCCUGUACAGUCCUCAGUGAGUUAUGAGUGCUGUGCAUCAGCAGGCAUUUGUCUCCCGUAGCCAUCAUUCAUCCUGGCAUCAUGUCUUCCAUUUGGCUGGAGAUGGGAAGCUAAAUUCAUUGAUAUAUUGAUAGAAAUAAUUUAGCAUAGGAAUUUGCAUUUAUAACUUACCUUGUUUUGUCCCACGUGAAAAUCAAGAUGGGAAAUUUAAGUAUAGCACAGGGUGCAGAUAAUUCUCAAUACCACGUGUGAAGAUUCAUUUAUCAGUGUAACUACCUAUGAUAUUUUAGCUAGAAGAUAAAGAUAAAUGAAAUCAUAGCUGAAUCAGUUUUUCAUUCUGGUGGUUAUGAGGAUGAACUUGCUAUUUGUCUUGAUACACUGAAAGCCCUUCAAACGCAAUAAAAAGAUAAGAUUAUUCACCUUUAAACCGAGGCCUUUGGGGAACCUUUUGUAAAGGGCAGUGAUGAGUUAACCUUUUAACAGCAGUACAGCAACCCUCCAGGAAGAGGCGGGGACCUCAGGGACUGUUUGUUUUGUUUUGUUUUGUUUUAAAUGAAACUGCAGAGCCCAGGGAAUGAAUUGAGGUGCUUUCUCCACUCCCAGGACGCAUCAUACUUGCAUAGAGGAGGGGGAGGGCGCUGCUGAAUAAAAUAAGACAGUGAACUUGCUUUGGUGUGAUGACAGUUCUCAAACAGGCAAGGUUAGUAUGGGGACCAGCGUGUCUCACAUGGGCUUUCAUCUCCCCGUUAGGUUCCUGGCUGGUGGGCUCAGACUCUGUGAAAGGGCCAGUCCUCGGGUCUUUUCCCUGCAUUCCUGCGGUACUUAGUGCCCUGCCGUGAGGAUCCUGCGCCUGGGGCUCACUUCAGCAGGCCAGUCCGUCCCCUCUCAUUUCGGGAAAGCCCUUUUGUGAUUCAGGGAGGGGAAGAGGAGUUCAGGGCUCCUUUUACUCCCAAGUCGUGGAUUUUUAAUAUUACAUUUGUAUACCAAUAUACCUCUGUUCCCCGGAGCUACUGGGGUGCAGAGUGCUGUGGAAAAAGGCUAACUGUGAAUUUAGUUCAUGUUUUUCUUAUAAGAAAUGGAAGUUUAUUUUUAUAUCGAUAUUACUAUGUGAUGAAUUGAGUAUGCAGAUGUUGGAAGGAAAUUUCAAAACUAUAAUCCUAGAAGAAACGGGCAGUAUUGCAAUUUGGAAGCAGCUGAGACCCCAUAAGAGUUUUGUUAUUUAAAUGUUUUGGUGAGUGAAUAAGGACUAUCCUGUGAAAUCUAACAAACAGCCUCUUGAGAUAGAGUUGACAGUCCGAUGGAGGAUGACACACAGUCACCAACCUUAAGUAAGAUUCUUGUAUGAAAGGGGGUGAAUGUGAUCACGCUGAUACCAGGCCUCUUAAAGCUGGAGGGAGAUGGGAGGCAGGGGUGGUUUUAUAACUGGCACUUUGACUCAUUUGUGGAGCUGGAACACAGGAGCCAUUUGGUGAAACUGCACAUUUAGAAAGGAAGUAAGAAUUUUCCAGAGCUAGAUAGAGAAAUGAUGAUGGAGAAGUAAAGCCCUGCUUUCAUCUCUUUAGCAUUUAUUCUAGAAGCUCAGCGUAGUGGGCUUUUAGAGGUAAUAGGAUCUAAAUUCAGAAAAUUUAUUUAACUACCAUAGAAGGAUAGGUAUGAGUUACCUCUGUUUGCUGUGGAACGCCUCUUUAGACUAAUGGUACAUCUACUUUGCUUUCUAAGGACAGUUGGGGGAUGCAGGGGUGGGGUGUAGGGUAUUAUGAACUAGCCGGAGAUGAUCCACAAAAUGAAAAAUCCACACACAGGUCACUGAGUUCACUGGUUGUUAACAUAUACCAUUGACAUUGGAGUGAAAACUCCUUCCUUUGGCCAAAUCAAGCAAAGAUAAAAGUCUCAAAAAAUUUUGAAGGCAGCACCAGGAAAUGCAUUUCGGUCUAGCCCUCCAAGACCAGUGAGGAGAGCUGUAGAUUCUGUGCUUUUGAACAGACUAGGUAGGAGACUUUAGGGGUACGGAGUAGAGGAAAAAUAAAACUAACCUCCUUUGUUUAUCCCAAGCUUGUUGGCUAAAUUUUUUUUAUAGGUCUGAGAGAGAAACCUUUUUUGAAAAAGAAAUAGUUGUAAGCCUUGGGAAAAGUUCUGUUUUUUCCAAGUUAGGAUCAGCAUAGUCUCCCUGUCGCCUUAAAUGUCAAACCCCUAUUUUGAUU